UUGUUUUUCUUUAAUUUGAAGUGUAAAGAUGUGGCUCUUCUACUUAGCCAUUUUUUUUGCAUUUAUUUUCAUUCUUGAUUACUUUCUUGUUGAUAGAAGAAACGUUGAACUAGCUAAGCAGUUCAAUGGUCCUCUAAGGCUUCCAUUAAUUGGAACUACGUACGUCUUUUUUGGGGUGUCGACCAAAGAAUACUUUGGCUUGGUCAAAAGUUUAUGUGACAAUUAUGCCAGAACUAAAUCAAAACUCGGAUGUAUUUGGGUUGGACCUGCUAUGGAACUAAUAUUUGAUGAUUAUAAAGUAAUUGAAGCUGUAACAACAAAUCCAAAAUGUAUAGCCAAAAGUUCUCAGUACAGUUUCUUGCAUGCAGCAGUUGGGGAAGGUUUAUUGUUCAGUAAAGGACAAAAGUGGUUCAACCGACGCAGAAUCAUCACACCGACUUUUCAUUUCAAAAUUUUGGAGCAGUUUUAUGAAGUUUUUCAAAAUCAGAAUCGGAAGUUAAUUGAGAAAAUUAAAUGCGAGCCAAAUGGACAGCCUUUCAACAUUUUUCCAGUAAUCACUUCCUCUGUCUUAAAUGCACUGAUUGAAACUGCUAUGGGAUAUGAAUUGAAGGCUCAAGAUUCUGAAUAUUUAAAUGCUGUGAAAGAGGUUGGCGUGGUUAUUGCUACAAGAUUUCUUACUCCAUGGCAAAGACCUGACUUCUUAUUCAAUUUAUCAAGUUCUAAACGCAAACUUGACAAAUUUGUAAGAAUCUUGAAAGACUUCACAACAAAAAUCAUUGAAGAACGACGAAAGCUAUUACUCAAUAAGGAGUCUGAAGAUUUAGAAAAUUUGGACGAAGAAGAUGUUGGAUUGAAGAAGAAAAUGUGUUUGCUUGAUGUUUUGCUGCAAUCAACAAUCAACAACAAACCAUUGAGCAAUGAAGACAUUCAAGAAGAAGUUGAUACAUUCACAUUCGCUGGACAUGAUACAACAACGAAUGCAAUAUGCUUUACACUUCACAUGAUUGCAAAACAUCCAGAAGUACAAGAAAAAUUAAAUAAAGAAAUCCAAGACGUGAUUGGAGAUGAAGAAUUGACAUUUAAAAGUUUGAAUGAAUUUAAGUACCUUGAGUUGGUGAUUAAAGAAACUUUAAGAUUGUAUCCACCAGCACCGAUGAUUUCGAGACGUUUCUAUGAAGAAGUUAAUUUUGGGGAUUUUAUUGCUCCAGCAAAUGCUAAUUACAACAUAGCUUUAUUUAGUGCUUUUCGUAAUCCUGAAGUUUUUGAAAAUCCUGACGAAUUUAUUCCCGAAAGAUUUUUGAAAGAUUUGCCUGCGUUUGCUUUCAUUCCAUUCAGUGCUGGUCAGAGGAACUGUAUUGGUCAAAAGUUUGCAAUGACGAGUAUCAAAACCAACAUCAUCAAUAUUUUGAGGCAAUUUACUUUAAUUUCAAGUGGGAAGGAACCGGAAAUUGAAAUAAAUAUAACUCUUAAAUGUGACUCACUACUUGUAGGUUUUGAAAGCAAAUAA